AUGGCGUCAUCGAUCGCCGCUGGAAAUAGUCGCAGCGUACGCAGCGCCAGUACCCGCGCUUCAGCCUCUCACACCAAUCGCCCUCGCAGACCGCGUGAUCGCCAUGCGUUGGCGCUAGAGAGCAUCCGCCACUUCCUCAAGGCGAGGAGUACCUACGACGUGCUUCCUGUCAGCUUCAGGCUCAUCGUACUGGACACUCAACUCGUCGUUGGUCCUGCGCUUGAUGUUAUCAGCGUCAAGCCGGGUUUCGCGGGCAUGCUGACAGUCAACGACAUAAUCCACUUGAUCCAGUACUAUUACCACCACUCCUCCUACGAGACAGCAAAGGCGGAAGUUGAGUCCUUCAGGCUUGAAGGGCUGAGGGACAUCGAAGCCAAGCUUGCUGUCCCUCCCCCGCCACUCCUUUCCUGCCACCCACUGCGGCCUCUUUUCGAAGCCUGCCAGCUGCUGAUGAAGACCCACGCCCGCCGUCUACCGCUGCUGGACCACGACGAGCAGACGGGCAUUGAGACGGUGGUUAGCGUGCUGACACAGUACCGUGUACUCAAGUUCAUUGCGAUGAAUUGUCGAGAGACGGCCUCGUUGCACCGGUCAUUGAGAUACUUGGACCUGGGGACGUUCGUGGCGAGCGUCAAGACGGGCCCAGCAUCCUUGUCCACUUCCCUACCCAAUCCGACACCUGGCCCUACUUCAAUUCCGCGCACCACCUCCCCAUCCUCCCCAUCGACGAACCCACACCACCCCCUCUACACCGCGACCCUCAACACAACCGUAUUUGACGUAGUCCACAUGUUCUCGGAGCACGGUAUUUCCGCGGUGCCCAUCCUGGACGAAGAGGGUUACGCAGUGGACAUGUACGAAUCCGUCGAUGUCAUCACCCUCGUCCGGUCGGGAGCGUAUCAGAGCUUGGAUCUCACCAUCAGGCAGGCAUUGGAGAGGAGACCAGCGGACUUCCCAGGAGUUUAUGCUUGCUCCCCAGAAGACUCCGUGGCGAAUAUCUUUGCGCUGCUGAGAAAGAAGAGGGUGCAUCGCUUGCUCAUCGUGGAGCCGGAUGAGGAGCCGGAGGAUGCAGCGCCCCUACCUACGCGCGGCAGGCUUGUGGGUAUCUUGGCCCUAUCUGAUCUGCUGAGGCAUAUCAUCGGGAUGGACGCAACUGCGGAUACAAGCUUGGGUAGCAGCGCUGUAGCGGAUGAGACGGUGGUUGAGACGCCGAUGAUGGAGCACAUGCCCUCUCUAGCGGCUAGUGCUGAGCGGGUAAAGAGGGAGGGCGCGGAGGUGAAGGAGGGACAGGAGGAUGAUGGGAUGGAGCCGUAG